CUUUCAAGAAACAGUUCCGUCGCGCUUGCUAUGACCUGGGCUUUUUUGUUUACGUUUCGCAGCAAGCAUGACGAAAGUACCUGAUCGGUGGGAGGCCUACAGUUCGUAUGGAGAGCCGAUAGCAGAUCGCUUUAUCCCGCUGAAGGUGCCGCUUUCGAAGAAAUUCAGCGCGGUGCGGCCAGAACAAACUUUCACACCAACGGAUGCGAUGGCCCUGUUACCGUUGGGGAUGGUGGUCGAUUUAACGAACACCGCCCGUUACUAUGACCCCAACGAGUUCAUCAAAGGUGGUGUCGAAUACGAGAAGCUGGAAGUAGUCGGCAAGAUGGUGCCGAAUAAUACCAUCGUCCGUCGUUUUAUGCAGAUCGUCGAUGAGUACUAUAGGCGCCGUGAGAGUCAGGGAAAGUACGUUGGUGUCCACUGCACCCAUGGGCUAAAUCGGACCGGGUAUCUGGUGUGUGCAUACCUGAUACAGAGGCUUCACUACCGGGCCAGCGAAGCCAUUGAACUGUUCAAUGCCCGACGCGGGCAUGUGAUGGAGCGUCCAGCUUAUCUGGAAAAUCUAUUCAAGAUGGAAGGUGCAAACAGGGAAUAUUAUUCGCCCCCUCCACAACAUCACUAUCCACUACAGCUGGAAUCGAUGAACGGACAACCCCAUUGGCAGCGUCCAUCGUCAUCGAUCCAACGUGAUCGCGAUUGGAGAGAUGAUUCCGAUUCUCGCUCGUCCAGAUCGACAUCGAGCCAUCGACAGCCAAACUGGCGAAAUAAUCCGCCACCUCGAAUAUCGACACCUUACCAUCAGCGGCCACCGAAAGGCGAACAGGUGCUUUCCUGGCGCCAAAGAGAUCCGGAGUCGCAACCGGACCUCAACCGGCAACAGCAGCGCACACAUCCGUACAGUUGGCGUAGGCGUGACGACCGAUCCGAGAGAGAGAGCGAGAGAGAGCGAGAGAGAGAGAGAGAGAGAGAGAGAGAGAGAGAGAGAGAGAGAGAGAGAGAGAGAAAGAGAGAGAGAGAAGAUGACAUCCUUUUCGAGGUGAGGAGCUGAAGAGCGAAGAGAAUGUUUUAUGGGCUGUUUGCAUGCAAUAAAAAAAAAUGACUGUUUGUAUG